UGCCGCGUAGGGGCGGAGCCGCGCGCCUACACAGGGUGUGGCCUCCAGCCCGCGCGGGAAAGGGCCUGCGCCGCAUGCGCGCGCACAGUCGGCGGCCGCGCGCAGCACGCUCAAGGCCGGGAUGGCGGCGCCGGCGGCAGGGAGCGGGACGCCCCGAGAGGAGGAGGGACCUGCUGGGGAGGCAGCGGCCUCGCAGCCCCAGGCCCCAACGAGUGCGCCUGGGGCUCGCCUCUCGAGGUUGCCUCUGGCGCGAGUGAAGGCCUUGGUGAAGGCGGAUCCCGACGUGACCCUAGCGGGACAGGAAGCCAUCUUCAUUCUGGCACGAGCGGCGGAACUGUUUGUGGAGACCAUUGCAAAAGAUGCCUACUGUUGCGCUCAGCAGGGAAAAAGGAAAACCCUUCAGAGGAGAGACUUGGAUAAUGCAAUAGAAGCUGUGGAUGAAUUUGCUUUUCUGGAAGGUACUUUAGAUUGAUUGCUGAGCGGGACAGUUUUGUGAGCCUUCAUCUGAAGCCUUCAGUUCACCCCUCUCCACAGGCCUCAGCUUUGAAGAACGGAGUCUUUGCACUUACACACACUCUUCCUGUUCUGCCUUCACCUAUGCCGGGAUAAGCAGAGAUCUCAUCAAUUAGCUCUUCUCUGCAAGGUCUUCCACUACUUCUGUCUGUCUUCCAUAUCAAGCCUGAAUGCAGCUGCUGCUGCUUAGAGCAGAGAUGAAGAAAGUGUUCUGCAUAAGUGGCUUCCUGAAUGAUGAGGACCAGAAUAAAGGUUUUUGACCAACUUCA